UUCCUCCUCCUGCCGCGGGAAGGGCCCGGCUGCCCCGGGGCGGCCGCGUUCGGCGCCAUGGGGCGGGCAGGGCCGCGGGGGCCCCGCUGCGGGCUGCGGGGGCCGCUGGCGCUGCUGCUGCCGCUGUGCGGGGCGCUGGCGGCUGCGGGUCCCGCUCCUGCCCCCGCGGCGCCGCCGCUGUGCAACGUGAGCCUGGACAGCCCCGCGGAGCAGCGCUGGCUGCCGGUGCUGCGGCGCUUCGACCCGGCGUUCCUGCGCGCCGCCGUCGCGCGGGUCAUCGAUGAAAGAGUACCAAAAUGGGUCCACGAAGUUAUUCGGCCCAUAGCAGCAGAACUGGAGUUGUUUAUGCCGCAGCCCUUUGCGGGGGAGAUUCUGGGAAUGUGCAAAGAACUGGGAAUCAGCCUUGGAGAUGGGGUCCUGCUCAACUUCGCCUACGAGUCCACUGCGUUCUGUACUAGCAUUGUGGCUCAGGAUGACAAAGGAAACAUUUACCACGGGCGGAACCUGGACUACGAUUUUGUGGAUAUACUGAGGAAGGUCACGGUUGACGUGCAGUUCACCAGGCGCGGGCAGAUAGCGUAUCAAGGCACCACGUUUCUUGGUUACGUAGGCUUAUGGACUGGCCAAAGUCCACACAAGUUCACAGUCUCCGGUGACGAACGAGAGGGUGGUAGAUGGUGGGAAAAUGCAAUAGCUGCUUUUCUCAAUCGGAAUUACCCUGUCAGCUGGCUUGUCCGAGAUACCCUGAGCAGAGCAGAGGACUUCCAGGCGGCCGUCCUCCGGCUCGCUGCCGUUCCCAUCAUCGCUGAAGUUUACUAUAUCGUAGGAGGCGUGUCGCCCAAGGAGGGCAUGGUUAUAACGAGGAACAGGAGAGGGCCAGCAGACCUCUGGCCUCUUGAUCCUUUAUAUGGAGCAUGGUUUCGUGUGGAGACAAACUAUGACCAUUGGACUACCCCUCCUCCUUUUGACGACCGAAGGACGCCAGCCAUCAAAGCUCUCAAUGCUACUGGACAGCAGAACAUCAAUUUUGACACGCUCUUUAAGGUGCUGUCGGUGGAGCCGGUCCUGAACAGUAACACAGUGUAUACCACGGUCAUGAGCGCUGCGUUUCCAGAGAAGUACCAGACCUGGAUCAGAACGGUGACGUGAAGAGGUACAAGAUGGGUGAAAAGCUGUUGCUUUCCAAGACCUUUAAGAGCUUUAAAAAAUCACUCUAACAAGCAGUACAGUGGUUUUGGCUUAUUAAUUAUGUGAACCAUUUGAGAAAUAACAACUUGUUAGUUUUUGAAGUGUUGCAGAUGAUACAGUUAAUGAACUGUAGGAGAAGCUUGCUUGAUUUUACUGUAAUUACCUCGAUGUUCUAGCUGACAGUGAUGGAUAAAAUGGCUUCUACUGCUUUUGGAAAGAGUUGUGCAACUUCAAUGUACUUAUGUGCUGACUAAGAAAUAAAUGUCAUAAAUUUUG